AUGUGGGAGAGGCGGGGUUGGAAGAACUGUGGGUCUGUUUUUCUUCUUACCAAAAAUGUUUCUGUUCCUCUUUCCAAACUGGGAAGUUUUGGAGCGCGUGGUGACAAAGGACAGCAAGGGGAGAGAGGUACCAUCGGCCCUGAUGGCAUUGUUGGACGAAAUGGACCCCCCGGCAUCCCAGGCUCCAGAGGAGAGCCAGGUCCAGGCGGUGACCUGGGCGUCAAAGGUGGCUCUGGACCUAAAGGAGUGCCAGGUGCCCCUGGCCCUGGGCUGACAGAUGAGCAGGUAUUGCAGCUGUGUAAAGGAGUGGUGACAGCUCAGAUCUCCCAGUAUGCAGCUUCCAUCCGGGCCAAGUGUUCCCAAGGCUGCCCUAUCAACAACCGCACACUUAUUGGGCCGCCCGGAACCAGGGGACCAACUGGAGAAUCAGGCAAACCCGGUAAAGCGGGCAAAGCUGGAGUCAUAGGAGGCAGGGGCAUCCAAGGGGACACGGGAGUGGAUGGUCAGAAGGGGGCAGAGGGUGAAAGAGGAACAAAAGGUCUGAAAGGAAAGGGGGGUGAGCCUGGUAAAGGUCUGCCAGGACACGAUGGGCAUCAAGGCCUCAGAGGGCUGCCAGGACACCCAGCAGAGCCAAAGAACGGUAUGGCAGGUCCCAGAGGGCCCCGUGGUUUCACAGGCGCUUUGGGCCAGCCUGGCAUGGCAGGCAACGCAGGAGUGCCUGGCUUCUGUGAGGCACGGGACUGCAGCAUUCACGCGCCUGUGAUGCGCAAGGAGCAGGGCCUAGUGAAGGGACCCCGUGAUCUAAGCCCCAAGAUUUAACCCCAACAAGGAGUUUCAGGAAAAGGUGAAGGAAUGGUCCACGACGAGAGGUCACUCUGGACGGUCGCUCCAUGGCAACAUUGAAGUUAAUUCCAUUCACAUCUCAGCCAAACCAGGAAUUGACAGAGUUUUGAACUGGGAAAUGACCAAUGUGUACAGCAUUGGUCUUUUUGAAUUUCAAGCCUAAUUCAAUUCCUGUAUUGACUGGUAUUGAAAUGGAAUUAAUCCGAGCACUGUUCAAUGGGGCUCACCAGUGAUGGAAGGGUUUGGUGGGACACGCUGGACUCUGCAAAGAGAUGAAACCAGCCUUGACGCAUUUCAUCUGAGCCAAGCAAGGCUCCAAAUUAACUCUGUUUAGGCAUAAUUGAUACCUUUUAUGUUAGGCCAAAAUGUAUUUUUUAUGCAGAAACAAAAAAUGUAAUUGUCUUCCUCCAUGCAAACCAUAAGUAAAGGCAAACCAUAAGUAAAGGGGCUUGAGAAACUGGCUAGACGAAAUUGGCAAAAAAUUAAACUUGCAGGAGUCUCUGGCUACCAGUCAGGUUUUGUUUUUGAUAUGAUCAACAAUGCUGUGUAUACAUUGAAAAUAAAAAGUGAUGUAAAUAAUUUUGUAAAGUA